AUGUCUUCUCUCAUACCCCAGCAGCCCCCACUGACCUUUCUGCCUCUCAAGACGGGCAGUCUCGCCGACAUUCACUCAGAUGGACCCAUAUCACCAGACUCAAGUUUGCUAUGGCAUGCGCAUCUCGCCGAUCACUAUCAGCUCGACACCUGGCGAGCGCGCCUCCAUCUCGACUUACAAUUCCCACUCGGAAUCUGGCGCAAAUGGGAAGACUGCCUCUGGUUCCAGGAGACGCUCGAGUACGAGUACACCCGCCUCGCGCGCGAGAAGCGGCGGCGGCUCACCUCGGGCAAGGGCGUCAAGAAGAACGGCCUCUACGUGCACGACGCCGCCUCCUUCGAGUCUCUCCCCAUGGGCCCCGACCCGACCACUGUUGCCAAGGACGUGCACGACCUCAUUCCCCGCCUCACCAAGAAGGGCACCUUCUUCCGCGCGAGCCAGGAGACCAUCGAGCAGCGCGCGACCGAGCUGCGCCGCCUCAUCGAGGCGCUCUUCCGCGAUGACGUGCCCGCGCUGCUGAACGACCUCCGCAACGACCGUAUGGUGACCGACUUCUUUGGCUAUUGGCGCCGCGACUAUGACCUGGCGAAGAAGCAGGGGCGCGAGCCGGAGUUUGGCAGCUCGCGGAGCUCUAUUGGGACGAACACGCAGUUCUCUGGGGCGCAAUCGGAGGCGUCGGGCUCCCGAUCGUCGGGCGGGAGGCACAACUCGUCGAGCAGUUUCGAUUACGCCUCGGACACGACAACCUCACCACGGUCGAGUCGAACCUCAGGCAGCAAGCGUAUCUCGAUGUCCUCCUCGUCUUCAUCCUCGAGUUCCUCUCGGCAUUCGAUGUCAAGUGCGGGACCCUCUGUUGUUGUCGUCCCCACUUCACCUCAUAUGCAAUUUGGACAUGAUCCAGCGAUUGACAAGCGCAGCUCAAUUGGCCUGGAGGCACUCCCCGAGAACCACGAGAUGUUGCUCAAGGCAGGCCUCGCGCGGAGAAGCUUACCGACUUCAGAACGCCGACCUGCGGUUCGUGAGUCUUGGCAAACAAUGGACUCCGCGACGACAUAUCUCGAAGGCCUUUCGCUUUCUGAUGGCGAGGAUCAUUGGCAGGAACACGCUCGGCGAGGCUCAAUUGCAAGCGUCGCUAGUGUUGCCACGAUCAGGACAGCAGACUCCGCAGACGCCGUCCUCCCUCGAGGAGAACUGGGCGCCAACCUCCGACGCGCCUCCUCCGCACGAGACCACUCCCCUUCUUCCCGCUACUCUUCAAUUUCUGUCAUUUCCCGCAUGGAUACCCCCACGUUCGAGAAAUUCCCUUUACCUCCUUUCAACGACAAGAUGGUCAACCCUCCGGGUCCGACGUUCAUUCGCCGACCCUCACAAUAUUCCCUUGAGGAGCCAUACCCCAUUCGCCCCGAGACACCCAUGGGACACCGCGCUUCGAUUUCUACCACCGGGUCCCACUUAGAUAUCCCCACCGUUUUCCCUCCCCCACGCACCUCCUCUAUGGGCCCCCGUCGACCCCCCUCACCAGGUUUCCGGCCGACGUCUCCUAUCCACUACGCGCACGACAGCGCAAUUCCGCCCGUGCCCCCGCUCCCCGCCGGCAUCGCGUCCUCACCCCCUCGUCCGAGUUCUGCGGCUGCCUUCUACCGCCCGCGCGGCUCUUCGACGGCCUCCUCGGCGCGCCCAGGAUCCUCCGGCGGCCGCCCUGGGUCCUCUCAUCCCUCAAGCUCGCGACCCAACUCCUCCGCGGGCACCGAACCUCAGCUCGCCAUCAAGGCCGCGCACAACAACACCAUCAUCCUCCUGCGAGCAACGCGCUCGAUCCCCUUCGGAGAGCUCCGGCGGCGCCUGCACGACAAAUUCGUCAAGCAGGAGGGCGUGCCGCUCUCCGAGGACUUCACCGUUGCGUUCCACGCACCUCCUGCGGAGCCGCAGGUGAGCGAGGCGGCGGCGAGGCUCGGGGUCCGGCAAGGGCGCGCGCGGUCGAGCUCGCUGUCGGCGGGGAUUCUGUCGAUGCAGUUCAUCAACUCGCAAGCGGAGUGGGAGCGCGCGCUGCAGGAUGUGGAUGUGGAGAGUGGAAAGUUGCAUCUGAGAAUUUUGGACACGCCAGCAUGA